UAAAACACAACAAAGAAUCAGCAUUCGAUUGACGAGUCAGUCGUUUACUCGAUCUCGGACUGAUCGGGUGUGUAACGUUUUACCUUGCGAUAUAAACAAAGUACUUUCCCCUAUAUUAAGUUCAAUACCAUCGCGAUUUAAUCGGGAAUAGUUAUUUGUAUUGUUCUCAAGCGAAAUUUCAAAAAUGUUCAGCUCAAGGAAGAGUAUUGAUAAAUUACUUCAAUUAUACAAAAAUGAGAUUCGCCGGCAUAUUAGCAAAACAACGAGUGUAACAAACUCUGAUGCCAUGUCUCCAAGGCUUGAUCAAACACCACUCUACGCCCAACAAAAUGAAGAUGCAGGACUUCCUAACAGAUUGCUGAAGUUGCAAAAAUAUCACAGAUACCUGUCAACCCUCACAUCUCAGCAAAUGCCACUGGCCGCCCGAGGACUGGCUGUCUCCAAAGAUCAGUCCCGGGAGUUCAUGGCUUGCUUUCCGGACAUCGUGAGGGACCUCACUGAAUCCGAUAAGCAUCUUGACGUGCCAGAAGCCAGCAAAUGGUUGGCUAAGCUUUUGCAAUACAACGUGCCUAACGGAAAGAAAAAUCGUGGCCUAGCAACAGUACUCGCUUAUAAGAUGCUGGAAAAGAGCGAAAAUUUGACGCCCGAAAACAUACACUUAGCCAAUAUAAUGGGCUGGUGUACAGAAAUGCUGCAAGCGUAUUUCUUGAUAAUGGACGAUAUAAUGGAUAGCUCGUCAACGCGCAGGGGCUACCCGUGCUGGUAUAGAUUGCCGGAUGUCGGUAUGGGCGCCGUUAACGACUGCAAUCUGGUGCAGUCCGCUAUGUACGAGAUACUUAAGGUCUACUGUGGCAAGCUACCCACCUAUAAGGAUAUCGUGCAUUUGUUUAACGAGACUCUAUUCAACACGGCCAUCGGCCAACACCUGGACUUCACAAUGGGCAACAGAACCAAAUCUGACUACAGUCUAUUCACACGAGAACGGUAUGCCGCGAUCGUCAAAUAUAAAACAGCAUACUACACAUUCAAGUUACCCGUUUUCUUGGGAAUGCUAUUGAUGAAUAACAUGACCCAAGACACCUUCGACAGAGCCGAAAAAAUUUGCCUGGAUCUGGGGCAUCUGUUUCAAAUGCAAGACGAUUUCCUGGACUGCUACAGCCCCGAGCACAUAUUAGGUAAGAAAGGGACGGACAUACAAGAGGGCAAAUGUUCCUGGUUGGCCGUGGAAGCGCUGCAGCGCUUGACGGCCGCGCAGAGGAAAGUUUUUACAACGUGCUACGGCAGCCACGAGCCGGCGCACAUCGAGCGCAUAAAGCGGCUUUACGAGGAACUCGAGUUGCCACAACACUACAGAGCCGAGGAACGGCAAAGAUACGACGCCAUUUUGAAAAUGACGCAACAGCUACCGGCCGACUCGGGCGCCAUGCCCGAAUUAUUUUUGAAACUGUUAGCCAUGCUGAACGAAAGAAAGAAAUAAUGUUUUUUUUUAUGACGAAGAAUAUAAUCGAUAGAAACUAUUUUGUAAUUUGUGUCUAUGUUAUGCGAAAUCUGUCUAUUUUCUGUCCUUGAUUAGAUUACAAGUUUACAAAACAUUCAUAUUAUACAAAACUAUUGGUGUCUUUUUUUGUGUACGAAUCUGGAAACUGGAAAGACUGGUUAUCAAUGUUUUUAUAUUUUUUUACAACAUGGUGAAAGCUGAAAAAGUCUUUCAAAUACAGUUAUUAUAGUAGAGCGUGUGUUUAAUUUUUAGCAUAUAAUAUAAUGGAAAUGUUUAUUAUAUCAUAUUUUGUUAUAGUCACGAUACACUUGUUAAUUUAAAAUUGAAACAGUACGAACUGAGGAGAGUAUGCGAAUCCGCCCUAUCCAUAAUUUUAAUAAAAAAGUACAUUAUUGAAUUAUAUAAUUAAACAUAUUUUUUUAAUGUAACUAUCUUUUUCUUUGUGAACUUUUGGAUUCGACAAAUAAGUGGAAAAAAAUAUGCUAGUCUGUCACAUAACUUCUAAACAUUAUGUUAUCGAUUAAUUGGGCAUUUAUUAGGCAACGUUUAUAAUAUAGAUGGUAAUUUACACUGUUGUUUAUUUAAAAAAUAUAUAUGAUUAACGGCAUGUUUUGUAAAUAAGUUUAUAUAGCAGAAUUUUAACCAUUGACCUGUAUCUUUGACCUAUGGAAAGAUUAAUUUUAGUUACGGUAAACACGUGAAUGGAUAAAUAAGAAUUAGUCAUAUGAGAGGCAUAUUAGUAUUUUUUUUAUAUAGAAAAUCGCCAUGUGUUAUUUGUUUUUUUUACCCUGAUUUACAUUUGACAAACAGAGUUAUGCUGUGAAAAGUUGUAAUUUGUUUUCGGAAAAUAUUAAAUUAAAAAAGAUUAGAUUGUUUAUAUAUUUGUGGGUAUUUCUAAAAUAUUUAUUAAAUGUAGAAAAUUCAUUCUUUUAUCUGUAUGUCUCACAAAUCAUUCAAAGUUCAAUGUUUUUUAGCGUUGAGAGUUAUUAGUAAAUUAAUAAUUGAGUACUAAACUGAUUAGAUUAAUCUCGGUCCGAAAUUUUCUCGUGCAGUAUCUAAACAAAAAUUACCGUUAUUUUUACAAAAUUCAAAAACUAUCGAAUUCUUUAUGAGAAUUGAAUUUUUAUUUUUAUAAUUGAAUAACAUAUAGUUACACGUAAGUAAAAGACAGUUAUGGUUGUUUUUGGACGUUAGCUUGAGAAGAGAUAUUAAGAUUUAAGAUCUCGUAUAAGAUUGCAUUCUCUACUAAGGUGCUAAGGUUAAGAGGCAAUAAAUAUAUAUUUAUAUUCGUAGAAUUAUUUUUGUAUGACGGACUAACGUUUUUAAAGACCUAAUAAAAUUUUGUACACUUUGGACAUCCUUUUUGGUUAGUGUAUAGAUGUGUUAUAAUUGUAUUAUUGUCUUAUUAUGUAUUCAGUAUGUUAUUGUGUACUUUUUGAAGCUUGAAAACGGGUUUAUGUUUGUAAUAUCUAUCUAAUUGUAAUUUAUAUUUAAACAUUAAAAUUAUAAAGAAAAUAGGUAUCAACAUUUCGUAUGAGUGAAUCGAAUCUGUAAGUUUGGGUUUGAAGGGUUUUGUGUUUUAUUUAAUUAAUUGAAGUCAAACAUAUUUGUAAUGUACUUUUGUACUGAAUAAGGUUAUGUUAUGUUAAUAUAAUAAUAUGUUUAAUAAAAUUUUCACUUUGAU